AGAAAUGCCAUCCAGUUCACCCCCACCCAGAUUGAGGCCAUCCGAGCCGGUAUGCAGCCAGGACUGACCAUGGUUGUGGGUCCUCCUGGUACUGGAAAGACUGAUGUGGCUGUUCAGAUCAUCUCAAACAUUUACCACAACUUCCCCAACCAGAGGAUGCUGGUUGUCACUCAUUCCAACCAGGUAAACAAACGUCAACUGCAGAAACCAGUGACUUACUGUCAAAGUGUAAAUCAGAAAAAAAAUGUGCAUUUAGUCAUUAUUUAUUUUCUCCCUCUUUAAAAUAGUAGUGUUGGGCGAUUAUCUUUCAUUUUUGAACAGUUAAGUUAUUAAUAUUAUAUUUUUGCUAUGUGUCUCUAAAACAUGUUGAACAGAUUGCCUGGCUUAAAAAAUAGUAACCAAAUGAAUCAUUGAGCUACAGUAAUAAAAAAAGAAUUGAUAGAAACAUAUGAUCACAAAAUGGAAAUUUAAAAUGAACAAGAUUUUUUUUAUAGCAAAUUUGUUUGUUGGUACUGUGCACAAUUAUUAAAUCACUGAAGGGAGAGAAAUUUUAAAUAUUUAAAUAAAAACAAUGAAAGAGGGGGGGUGGGGGGGGGGCUUUAUUGUAAUUCUUGAUGCCUUUUUCUAAUAUGCCACAGGAAAUUCUGGGAAGAAGUGUUACAACUCUUAUAAAUAUAAUAUUUGUAUUUUAGGCCCUAAAUCAGCUUUUUGAAAAGAUUAUGGCCCUUGAUGUCGAUGAGAGACAUUUGUUACGUCUUGGUCAUGGUGAGGAGGCUCUUGAGACAGAAAAAGAUUUCAGCAGGUCAAGCUUUUGUUUCAUUUAUUUCUCCGUCUCCUCAUGACAGAGCUUUAGGGCUUAAUUUUAUCUAGAAUUAUGUAAUUUAGAUUAUUAUGGUAAACAAUUUUAAGCACUAUAAUAUUGAUGUUAACAUAAUUUUUUUGAUCAAAUAUCCUUGUUCUGACUUUGAUAACUUCGUUUUAGCCAAUCCCCUAAAAAUCUCACUUAUUUAUUGAGAGAUCAUGAACAUAGCUUUUAAAAAUAUGAAGAAAUGAAAUUUCUAUACAGGUGUUAAAUGAAUUGGUGCUAAUUAAUAAAAUAUAAUCCUCUUCUGCACCUAACAGAUAUGGUCGUGUUAAUUAUGUUUUGGCACAGAGGUUAGAACUGUUGCAGGAGGUCAACAGACUACAGAUCAGUCUUGGUGAGACAGGGGACAUGUCCUACACCUGUGAAACCGCUGGCUAUUUUUACAUUUAUCAGGUUAAAAAAACAGAUUUUUUAAAAUUUAGGACAAAAUUAAUCAUUCUGAAAAUGUUAUGCCAGCUUUUUUGUUUUUCAUUCUAUGAAAUUAUCCAUGUAACCGUGGAUGUGGAUAAAGUUGGAAUGCUACUGAGAAUUUGCCUGUAGUAGUUUCAGAAAAUAUCUGUCAAUGUUUUGGUUUUGGUUUGGUUAAUUAAUUUUGUUAAUACAUUUUUAAUAUAUUUAUAGUUAAAGUUGCAUCACUUGUGUUUAUCUCAUCCUCAAGAUUCUUUCAAGAUGGGAAGAGUAUCACAGUAAACUCAAGCCAUAUUUGGGUCAGGUAUGUGUUUAUAAAAAGCUUACAAGUAUUUUUUAUAAAUAGCUCAAAUAACAGAGAUAUAAAUAGCUUCCAGCUUCACACGGACAAACGCCUGUAUACAUUUACAUAUAUGUAUAUACAUUUAAACAAAUCAUUGAUGGCAUAGCACAUUCCUUCAUUACUAGAAUAAGCUCAUGUUUACAUUUAAUCAUUAUAUGCUUAUUUGUCUUUCUCUAGGAUGAACAUGUUAAGCAGAUUCAGUCACUUUUCCCUUUCAACAAUUUUUUUGCCAAUGCUCCACAACCCUUGUUUCGUGGUAAGACAUUUGCUGAAGAUAUGGAUAUAGCUGAAGGAUGUUUCACACACAUCAAGAAAAUCUUCACACAAUUGGAAGUGAGUGAAACCAUGGCUGGGGUGAAACCAUGGCUGGGGUGAAACCAUCGCUGGGUUUGAAACCAUGGCUAGGGUGAAACCAUGGCUGGGGUACUGGUUUAAAAAAUUGGGCUUUUAAAUUUUGAUUUAAUUUGUUCUAGUGACUUAUAUUAGACAUAGAAAAGAUUUUGAAUAACGCGGAUCUACAGCUAAAAUUUGUUUAGUACAAGAUUCACCCAGGCAGAUGAUCAUAAAUCUGUAGAGAAUAAAGUUCAUUGUCAAGUAAAAAUUUCAAGAGGUCUGGUAGAGGAAUAGAAACUGUCAAUAUCUGUUUUUCAUUGAGUAUUACUUGCUAAUAUGUUUCCCAUUUUCUACUCAGGAAUUCAGAGCUUUUGAACUGUUACGAAGUGGCUCUGACAGAGCCAACUACCUUCUGAUCAAAGAGGCCAAGAUCAUUGCCAUGACGUGUACACAUGCAGCUCUGAAACGCAGAGAUUUGGUAACAGUUGGCUUCCAGGUAAAGCAAAUAGUCAACAUUUGACUGAUCAAAAUUAAACUAAACUAAUUUAAACUAAAUUUAUUGCACUAUAAAUUUGCUGGAAUUUAAAAAAAAUAAUUAAUUUACUUAUUUAAUUUUUUGAAAAAUUACAUGGAUUAUGCUGAGAGGGUCUAUCUAGAGUUCACUUUUGUCAUUGCUUCCUUUCUUUUUUAAAAUGUUUUUUUGCCUUAAAUGCAUUUUGUUUUUUUUUACCUUAAAUACAAGUUGUUUUUUUUACCUUAAAUACAAGUUGUUUUUUUUACCUUAAAUGCAUGUUUUUUUAAAAAUUAGAUAAGCUGGUGAAGUAUUGGUGAUAUUCAAUUUUUCAUUUUCUUAUUACUUUAUUUCAAUAUUUUAAAAAAUAAAAUUACAUAUACUUUCAGUUUGACAACAUUCUUAUGGAAGAGUCGGCCCAGAUUUUAGAAAUUGAGACAUUCAUCCCCUUGCUCCUUCAGGUACAUUGCCUUUUAAGUCACUCAAUUUAAAAACUGAUGUUUACUAAAAAUAAAGAACAAUUUGCAGAUAAAAUUUUCAGGUUCUAUGAUAAUAUUCAAGUUUAUGUUAACUUUAAAAAUAAUUUUUUCUUCUAUUUCAUCAGCCAAUGAGAUAUGGGUAUUUAAUCGGCUAAUAGAUAUGGGUAUUUUACCAGCCAAUAGAUAUGCAUAUUUUAUCAGCUAAUAGAUAUGGGUAUUUUAUCAGCAUAUAAAUAUGUGUAUUUUAUCAGUCAAAGAUAUGUGUAUUUUAUUAGCCAAUGGAUGUGUAUUGCCUCUUUCAUUGACUCUAGCUGCAUGUUGGCUUUGGUCUAAUUAAUGACCUGACAAGAUAAAAAUGACUAAAUAACAAUCAGUACAAUUUAUGUUGAAAUUUUAAAAGGAAGAUCAAGAAACAUAUUUAAUGCCAUAAUCCCCAACAGAAACCCCAAAGACUUAUUUAUUUCUGUUAACAUAAUUCCCGACAGAACCCCAAAGAUGGUAACAACAGGUUAAAGAGGUGGAUCAUGAUUGGAGAUCACCACCAGCUUCCUCCGGUCAUCAAGAACAUGGCUUUCCAGAAGUUCUCCAACAUGGAGCAGUCGCUGUUUACCCGUUUGGUCAGGCUGGGAAUACCAACGGUUGAUUUAGAUGCCCAGGGCAGAGCCAGAUCGAGGUUAGUGAUUUGUUUAACUCACAAACAUUAAUGAUCAGACCCACAGGAUCUACACAUUAGAUUUUCUUACCUAUAGACAGAAAAACCCUUGUUUUGAUAAGAGUGAUCUUAAAACACUCCUUUUGGGAUUGAUGUAAUCAAGUUAAUUGUUUUCAUAUAUUGUUUCCACAAAUGUUUUGCUAUAGCAUUUAGAUUACCUAGCACUCCUGCUGCCUGUUACCUCUGAAAAAGUUUGUUUAAUUCAUGACUCAAAGAAAUUUUAUGGGUGUUUUCUUAAGCUAUAAUUUCAUUGUAUAAUAUUUUAUUUUAAAAUAUGACAAUGGAUUUCAGCAGAUACUUUAUUUUUGAAAACAACUUUUCAGCCUUGCCCAAUUAUACAAUUGGCGAUACAAGAAACUUGGCUCCCUGCCCCAUGUUCUCAUCAGACCAGAGUUCCGUCUGGCCAAUGCAGGAUUCAUGCAUGAAUUUCAACUCAUCGAUGUUGGAGACUUUAAUGGCAUGGGAGAAUCUGAACCUAACCCAUACUUUUAUCAGGUAACACUUACUUUAAAUCGGUAACCCUUACUUUUAUCAGAUAACCAGACUUAUUUACUCUUACAAUUUUUGUACACUGUAUAGUUUUGAGAUGUUUUUGACGAUUGUACACAAAGACCUGUGAUAACAAUGAUUUUAAGAGAAAAUAUUUUUAAAAUAUAUACAUUCCGGUAAUCUUCCGAUUUAAAAAAAUAAAAAAAGGUUUAUUUUCGGUUGUUAGUUUUAGGUCCUUACAACAUGCAGUGGUGAAUGGAUCGAGAAAUACGAUUGGUUGGGGACCAUCUAAAAUUAUAUUAUGUUUGCCCUGAGAGGGGAAGGCGGGUGGUGUUGAUUUAGGAGAUUUUGUUUAUGGGUGUGCCGGGGGAAGUGUGUCUAAAUAUUUAAGUCUAUAAAAAUGUUAACACCACAUUUUCAUAAUGAUGGUCAUAUUAUUACUUUUUGUUUUCAUAAUGAUGGUCAUAUUAUUACUUUUUGUUUUCAUAACGAUGGUCAUAUUAUUACUUUUUGUUUUCAUAAUGAUGGUCAUAUUAUUACUUUUUGUUUUCAUAAUGAUGGUCAUAUUAUUACUUUUUGUUUUCAUAAUGAACUUGCUAGACAUAGCAACAGUAAUAUAAGCGUAAUCACCCUCGUGAUAAUUUAGUCAAUCUUCGCUUAUGAUUGCUUUGGUGCUGUAUAAUGUAAAUUUUGUGAUAUAAUUGUUUCUUUUGGCUAAGCUGCUUCAAGUGCAUAAACUGAGAAAACUAGUUUUUAAAAAAAUUAGAAAUGCAUUCGCAACUGUUCCACACAGCAACAUGAGAUUUCUAUGUAUUUUGUAGGAUCUGAGAGGGUCUUUGAAAUCUAUUUUUAGAUUGCACAAAACAGCUGUACAAUAUUUUAUUCCCCCGUUUGGUUUCAACACUCCUCUUCCUUUCACCCAUUUACAGCUUGUAGUAUUUAUCAGAUUAUAUUAUGGUAACGGGAAAUAGCCUAAUGAAUAUUGAUUCUUCUUUUGUUCAAUAACCAGCUUUUUCAUAAAAAAUAAAUUUCAAAUUUCUUGGAAGGGUUUGUAAAUGAUAUCCUCAUUUGUUAAUUAGUUCUUAUUUAAUAAAUUAAUUAAUUAAUUUCAUGCUGAACUAACUUAGCAUUUGAACCAUGUUAAAUUUCAUCAGUGAACUGUUUUUACCAGUGACAGACUGUGAUAAUGGGAUGAGCAUGUUCACCAAAUAUUAAUUGAUAUCCGUAGCAGAUACAUGUCUUCAAAACAAAGUGAACACAGAUUGCAAUAUAAACUUCAGUCAUUUACUUUUGGAAGUUACUUUUUGUGACCUCCUCUUAACUAGAUCCCACUCAACACUUGAGGCCAAUAGUUAUUGUAUACAUUAUAUGUACUUUAUGUUUAUUUAUUUACUAUUAAGAUACUGUAUUAUGAUUUUGAGAUGAUAUUGUAUGAUUUUAGGAGUUCGAGGGGUAAACAGGUCAGGGUAACACUUACUUUUAUAUGGUAAUCUCAAUAAAAUAUUUAAGCAUGUAGGCUUAUUAUUAUACCUAAAUUGGGAAUGAGAAAAAUAAAUAGAUUUUUCCAUGUCUUAAGUAAAUAAGCCACAUUUUCAUUUCUAUUUUCAGAACCUUGCUGAAGCUGAGUAUGUGGUUGCGGUGUUCAUGUACAUGCGCAUGAUUGGGUACCCAGGGGAACAGAUCUCAAUAUUGACCACAUACAACGGACAGAAGCAUCUUAUCAGAGAUGUGAUACAGCAGCGGUGUGGGAACAACCCUCUCAUCGGUCGACCACACAAGGUACGUACCUACAUAACAUUUUAUAGAUAUCCUUUAAUAAACCAAUCUGAUUUUGGGCCACCAUCUUUAUGAUUGAUCACUUUAAUAAGAACUAAACCAUUGAUGGGAUUGUCUUGUAUUUUGUUUUAAGUUCAACUGAAUUAAUUUUAUUGAAAAAAUGAUUUUUAAACUCCACAUUAUCAGCAAUUUGUUGUAGCAUUUUUAUUGUUGUCAAGAGCAACCAUUUUUAUUGUUGUCAAGAGCAACCAUUUUUAUUGUUGUCAAGAGCAACCACUUUUAUUGUUGUCAAGAGCAACCACUUUUAUUGUUGUCAAGAGCAACCAUUUUUAUUGUUGUCAAGAGCAACCAUUUUUAUUGUUGUCCAGAGCAACAAUUUUUAUUGUUGUCAAGAGCAACCACUUUUAUUGUUGUCAAGAGCAACCACUUUUAUUGUUGUCAAGAGCAACCAUCUUUUAUUGUUGUCAAGAGCAACCAUUUUUAUUGUUGUCAAGAGCAACCAUCUUUUAUUGUUGUCAAGAGCAACCAUCUUUUAUUGUUGUCAAGAGCAACCAUCUUUUAUUGUUGUCAAGAGCAACCAAUUUUAUUGUUGUCAAGAGCAACCACUUUUAUUGUUGUCAAGAGCAACCACUUUUAAUGUUGUCAAGAGCAACCAUCUUUUAUUGUUGUCAAGAGCAACCACUUUUAUUGUUGUCAAGAGCAACCACUUUUAUUGUUGUCAAGAGCAACCACUUUUAUUGUUGUCAAGAGCAACAACUUUUAUUGUUGUCAAGAGCAACCACUUUUAUUGUUGUCAAGAGCAACCAUUGUUAUUGUUGUCAAGAGCAACCAUUGUUAUUGUUGUCAAGAGCAACCAUUGUUAUUGUUGUCAAGAGCAACCAUUGUUAUUGUUGUCAAGAGCAAACAUUGUUAUUGUUUUCAAGAGCAACCAUUGUUAUUGUUGUCAAGAGCAACCAUUGUUAUUGCUGUCAAGAGCAACCAUUGUUAUUGCUGUCAAGAGUAACCAUUGUUAUUGUUGUCAAGAGCAACCAUUGUUAUUUCUGUCAAGAGCAACAAUUGUUAUUGCUGUCAAGAGCAACCACUUUUAUUGUUGUCAAGAGCAACCAUUUUUAUUGUUGUCAAGAGCAACCACUUUUAUUGUUGUCAAGAGCAACCACUUUUAUUGUUGUCAAGAGCAACCAUCUUUUAUUGUUGUCAAGAGCAACCAUUUUUAUUGUUGUCAAGAGCAACCAUCUUUUAUUGUUGUCAAGAGCAACCAUCUUUUAUUGUUGUCAAGAGCAACCAUCUUUUAUUGUUGUCAAGAGCAACCAUCUUUUAUUGUUGUCAAGAGCAACCAUCUUUUAUUGCUGUCAAGAACAACCACUUUUAUUGUUGUCAAGAGCAACCACUUUUAUUGCUGUCAAGAGCAACCACUUUUAUGGUUGUCAAGAGCAACCAUCUUUUAUUGUUGUCAAGAACAACCAUUUUUUUUGUAUUUUACCUUGUGGCUUAAGUUAAAAAUAUGCUUUUUGAUGUAUAUUUUUUAAACAUUUUAACUCCUGGGAAUAAAAAGUAUGAAAAAUUCUCUGUAAACUAUUAAAAUCUCAUUCAAUAAUUAGAUUUACAAAUCACUACCCCUUUUUAUUAUGUUUAAUUUAAUGAAUUUUCUAAUCAAGUUAUAAUGACACAGAAAAAUGGCUCAACAUUUAGAUCUAUUAAUUAUUUCAUAAAAUCAAAUUUACAAAAAAAUCUUUUAUUGGAAUAUGUCAGUAAUUUUCCCACAAUAUUCAUCUCGUUUGGGUUCUGCAACACAAGAUUUUAGUUUUAAAAAUUCUUUGCUGUUUCGGAGAGGAACAACAUCAAAGAAAAUUAUUGUUAGAUGAGAUAAAAUUCAUUGUACUAUAUCCAUAUAAUUUUAGGUUUAGUUCCCUUUAAAGGCUUUGUUCUUAAUUUUUUCUUUAUUCAUACCAAUUCUUGUGACUUACAACAACCUUUGCUGUGAAACUGCAAUGCUAUAUAUACUUGCCAAAUGUAAUUACAUGUUUAUUUCCUAAGGUAACCACAGUAGAUCGAUACCAGGGUCAACAAAACAAUUUUAUUCUCCUCUCACUUGUAAGAACCAGAGCAGUCGGUCACCUCAGGUACGUAUUUUUAUCUUUUAUCUUACAAGACAUCUGUGAAAACUUAAGAGAGACGUUAUGAAUUAAUUUUUUUACAAAAGUCUGAUCGAUGCUUUUUUUUACUCUAGAGUUAAUUUAUCUGCCAACCAUGUGCACUAGGCUCAGGGAGAGAUUAGCUAAAAUCAUCCUAUUGUUCUGUUUCUAGAGUUAUUUUAUCUGCCAUCAAUGUGUACUAGGCUCAGGGAGAGAUAAGCUAAAACCAUCCUAUUGUUCUGUUUCUAGAGAUGUAAGGCGUUUGAUAGUGGCCAUGUCACGUGCCAGAUUGGGUCUCUACAUAUUUGCUCGCUCCUCCUUGUUCAGUAACUGCUUUGAGCUCACACCUGCCUUCAACAUAGUAAGUAUGGAUAGAUAUUUUAUUUUUAAAUCCCAAAUAAAAUAACUGAUGUCUUUCAUUGCGGCAAGGGAGUUGUAUCUUUCGUCGAUUAUAUUUGGUUGAGUUUAAACAACAUUAUCGUUCUAUCUUUUCACUUCCUUUUUUCAUUUAAACCAAUCUUUAAAAAAAUAUUGUUUAGAAAUGAUUUCUUAACUAAUAAUGUCACCAGUACACCCUGGCCUUGUGCAAUAUACUUAGUCAUGAUUACACAAAUUGUGCAAAUUGCAUUAAUACUUUGAUGUUUAAAAAAAAAUAUAAGUGAUUAGAACAAACUGAAAUUUGUAGGUUAAUAUUAAAAGUGAUUAGAUUUUCAUUCUUUGUGACAUAUACUGUCUCAAUAAUAAAAUAAAUGUAAAAUUUUCACCAACAGCUGACAUCCAGACCUCAAGUUUUACAUUUAUUGCCAAAUGAGAAUUACCCUUGUACAAGGAAGGUAAAACAAUUUCCUUACAUUUUAACAGUUAGAGGCCAUCAAAAUAAACAUUAGUGAGUGUGUAGUUCUUGUGUUGUCUGAUGUUAGUGAGUGUGUAGUUCUCGUGUUGUCUGAUGUUAGUGAGAGUGUAGUUCUUGUGUUAUCUGAUGUUAGUGAGUGUGUAGUUCUUGUGUUAUCUGAUGUUAGUUAGUGUGUAGUUCUUUUGUUGUCUGAUGUUAGUGAGUGUGUAGUUCUUUUGUUGUCUGAUGUUAGUGAGUGUGUAGUUCUUAUUUGUCAUUAAACCAUUAGCAUUGUUCAUUCUAUUGUUAUUUAAAUAGACGAAAAGAGUUGAGAAUUUGACUAAAACUAUUGGUGAUUUCUCUUCCAGCUUCAGGAUCCUCCCAGUGAAUCCCCCAUUGUCAUCUCAGACAUGCCACAGAUGGCCCAGUUUGUCUAUGACUUCUACAAUGCCAGGGUUGAUGAUCUCAUGAGACACAGAGGAUUUGUAAAAGUAAGAACAACCGUCACACCCGGCAUGGGUUAAUGUAAAGGCGAAUAUUAUUGGUCACAUGAAAUUCUUCAAUUUGUCGAGUUGCUGCUUCUUGUAAUUGAGAGUCUUUUGCCUAGAAACAUUCGGGAAUUGAAUUAUUUAGCUUUGCAUAAAUAGUUUUAUCUCACAAUGCAUAAAAUUACCAUUUUUUUUCUUAUUAACACAGUUUUACUAUCUAUUACUCAUCAACUGAACUGAACAGAAUUAAUUUUAUUUCCAGUCAUUUUCUUUAUUUACCCAAUUUGUAAACACCUCACUGUGGCCCAAUCUCUGACUUGUCAUUCCCCCCAUUAACAUAUCAUAGGCACUGCAAUAUUAUAAAACUCUAGCCCACAAAUAACUCAAGGGAUAGAUUAUGAUCAACAAUGUUUUUCAUUCACAAAUGAUUUUUGUCUCACAGGCCAACAGGUUGCAGGCCCCACCAAAGAGAGAUAAAAAAGAGGAAGAAAGUUGAAAACAAUUGCUCUACACUGAAGAUUGGUUUCUACUCACAACUUGUUGCCUAAGUUUGGGUUUUGAAGGAAGCUGAAAUUAUUGUUAACUUGUUAGUCUUUUAUGGAUAUUUUUAUACCCCAAGAAAAGAUUCUGUUAAAACUGUACAUAAGCUAUUCAAAUUGAAUUUCCUUCCACACAAUUUAUUUACUGUGAAAAUUUCACAUGGAUUGGAUUCUAUUUGCGGUAGGCGUCCAUUUUUUUUAGAACUUUUCCCUUAAAGAUGUAGCUUAAAUAACUAAAUUCUAGUGGACUAGCAAUGGCGUAAGUGAAUUAUAGUCUGUAUGGACUUUCAAUACGUUAACAAUUUGGGGGUAUCCACAUUAUAAGUGGACUAUCACUAGUAUUAUGUUAAAACUCAAUCACUGAAACUUGGACUGCCAUUAAUUGUGUGCUGAGUGAUCUCUCAGUUUGACAAGAAUAUAUGGGUCAUUGUAAUCAGCUGUUGGUUCACUUCAGUUAAUGAUGAUUUGUAUGCAAUUAAAAAACAUUUGACACAUCAUUUACUAUGAAAUAUUUCAUCAAUCUGUUCCUGUAAUUGAGCUCCUGUUAGUUUUAAACCAACUUCUCUUCAAGAGGUGAACAUGGUUUAUUUGUAUAGUUUAAUGUAAGAAGUUCAUCAUCUUUUCAAGCAAGCCUGAAGGUGAUGUUGAAAUUUUAACAAAAUAAUGACAGCUAAUGUAACUGAUCAUGUUGACCUGUAAUUACAUGUAUUAAAAUGUUUUUUUGUUCAAACUUUAAAGUGAC